CACCCUUCGCUCGCGCUCGCGAUCCAUUGCUGUGAGUUCCUUCCGCGGGGGUGGACGAACACUGCGGGAUCUCUCUGCUUCCUCGUGCUGUUGUAUCCACAGGGUUCGCCACCGCUGAGAGGAGAUGGAUCGGACGAUCGGUGCGUGAUAUAUAUUCUCGGACGAUCAUGCGGAGAAACAGUAGUGACAUGCGUCAUCAGUGAUUGUGCGAGACUCAGGUACGAUUCAGAACAUGAAGUGCGAGAGGCGACAGCCGUAGCGCGGAGGAACAGUACACGAUAUCGAACUUCUUCAAUUUGUGCGUAUAAGAUAAGCGAAAACUGUAUUGGUUAAAUAAAUAUAUAAAGAGUGUGCAUCAGCGUCAAGGAGAGUUGAUGGUAGAUAGUAGCCGUGUUGACGAGGAUGGAUUCACAGCAGCUGGUGGACAGCGAAUCGUUGAAAGGAGAAGCGAAUAACAAGCCGGCGAUGCCCAGACACAGCAUCGACGCUAUUCUCGGCUUGGCCGGGAGGAAGAGGAGGUACCAAGAGGCAGAUCGAGGUAGCAUCCAGAUGGAGGACUCCGUCAAGGAGGUGCAGGGACAGGACAAUGCCGCCGACCCAGGCAGCUGCAAUUCGACGGGUGGUAACAGCGAGGACGAGCUCAGCCCGAGUAUCGAGAAGAAGAAGAAGCACCGACGCAACAGGACGACCUUCACGACCUACCAGCUGCACGAACUCGAACGAGCUUUCGAGAAGUCGCACUACCCGGACGUCUACUCGCGCGAGGAGCUUGCGAUAAAGGUCCAGCUGCCAGAGGUUCGCGUACAGGUGUGGUUUCAAAAUCGACGAGCCAAGUGGCGCAGACAGGAGAAGAUGGAGGCAGCGAGGCUGGGCAUAAGCGAGUACCACGCAGCCAACGCAAUGAGGAGCGUAGCCGGACCAGCGCUGGGCCUUCCAGGCGACCCAUGGCUACACCCAGGCGUGUUGAACACUCUACCGGGCUUCCUGACUGCGCCGCCCGCAGGCUACGCUAGCUACUUGACGUCCCCCAGGCGGCUGCCCUUGACGCCCGCCUGCGCUGGUACCGUCCUCGACGAGGGCACCCUCUCCGAAACGCUGAGCGGCGGCAUGGCGCGAGUGGCUAGCGCAGGUCACGUGGGCCAGCCUCCAGCGAGUCCGCCAGGUGGCCACGACCCCCGUACCUCCAGCAUCCAAGCGCUAAGGAUGCGCGCCAAGGAGUACGUCGAGACAGUCAGCAAGAAUCUCCAGCAGCAGCAACUCCAACGCAGCAGUCCACCUGGACUACAAGCCAAUCGGGACGACUCUUUCGUGCCGGUCUCGUGAACGCGAGGCCUAUCGUUUCUCGAUGAAGACUUUUGCGAGAUCGUACCCUCUGCUCUCGGCAGCAGGGUGUGCUAGUUUGUAUCGACAAAAAAAUGACAGAUCUGGCACAAGUGAGGUUAUGUAUUCGUGAGAGAGGAAGAUGCAAUGAGAGUGAGAGUGAGGUCCAACGUUUUAUGAAAUUCGCAUACCUUCGUUGAUGUUUGGAGACUUUUCUUUCGGAGUAGCGUACACUUUUGCUUUGCGUCGAAGAUUAAUCUUGAAAACUGUUUCGGAUACUCGUCACUUGGCUUUUAUGACUCGUAGCGUUCGACGACUAUUGCGGGAGGAAGAUGACUGGUGCGGCGAUAGAGUAAUGCGAGGAAUUGAUCGCACGGUGCAAUAAUAUGUACAAAAAAAGAAUGUUAGAAUCUGCACCGGUACGUCGUUGAAUUUCUAUUACGUUGAAUGACAGAAAAUCAAAAGUAACUAAUGUAUCACAACUACGUCAAAUUCACGAGACGUCUUGGUAGUUUGGUACUUUAGCAACGUAAGAUUAAGCUCUGAUUGAUUUACAACAAUUGUAUAAGGUUUAUCGGGAACAAUGUAACGCGGAUAAUUGCAACCAAUAUAUAGUUUUUAGCGCGACAACCUUUCGUUUUGCGAUUCACAUAUUGGAAGACGUUUACGCUGAAAGCAGAUCUCGUAUCACCUAAUCGAAUUUAUAGCGUGAAAAUUUCUCGAGUGUCUGAGACAAUCACCGAUAAAUGAUGUAAAUACAUGCGACGGCUGAAACUCCAACAAUGUUUCUAGCCAUUUCGCGCGAUAUGAGCAGUGAAAAAACUCAUACAUAUGUAUACCAUCUAUAGUGAUGUAUACCCCAUUACAGGUAUGUGUAGCUACUAAAUAAAAGCGAGUAGAACGCAAUGCGCAAUGCUUAACGAGAAACUCAUAUGAAGUACUUAAGAGAAGAAUGUGCUUAAAGAGACGGAGCAAAGCGCGUGAAUGUAAAACCAACUCUGAAUUUACACGUCGAAUCUGUAGGUCGGACAAUGUAAUUUGUUAGCGUAAUUCCGUAGUCUAGUGUAUAGUGUGAAGUAAACAUGAACAUAAGCAAAAAUACUGAAGAGACAUAUAGAGACGAGUGUAUGCGGGGAAGAAACAAACAUGUCGUUAAAUUAAUUAAAAGCAAGAAAACAAAUGAAGAUAAUGUUCUACAGUAUUAAUAAGUUAUAAGACACAGAGGAGCGUAUGCAUGCGUCCAUAAUCCGUGCGGUAUAGCAUCGCGCCGAACUGACCGAAUCGCUGCAAAAUAAGAGUCGACUGAUCGAAUGAAUAUGUCACACAAACAAUUUGCACACCCAUUUAAUGACUGUCUAUAUUAUAAUAAACGAGUAACUAUCGCAAAACUAAAUAUCCAAGUAAAUGAUAUAACAAGGUCAGACGUGCGACAUACCGCACUGCUCCAUGCUCAAUGAUAACAAGUACGCAAGAAUGCAAAUAGUUGUAAGUGAAAAAUGUUAGCGACACACUAGGAUUCAUUUGUAUAUAGCAGCUCAUGAUGAAAUAAAUUUGAUGUACAUAUUUAACUUU